GCUGUGAUCGACUGAUUUAUGUGACAAAUGCUAAUUGUGGUAGUGAAGGCUUUGUCAAUUGUCAACCCUUACGAAAAGUUGUGAUAAUUUUAAUUGAUGCCAGAUUCAUUGGACAUUCAAGGGUUUAAAUAAACAUUUAUUUUAUAAUAAGAAAGAAAACAUGGCCUCCCGAGGUUCAUCCAUAUACAAGGGAUCUGACCUGAUUCACGAGUACAGUUGUUCCAAGUGUGAGGAAAAUGACCUAAACACGGAAGCCCAGCACUUCUGUCCCGAGUGCGAACACUAUCUGUGUGACAAGUGUGUGGGGAUUCAUGGGGAUUAUUUCAAGAAGCAUGUUGUGUAUGGGCGUGACGACAUUCAGAAAUGGGCGGAAUUCUCCAUGGACAGAUGUGCACAGCAUGGCAAAGAGCUAGAGGUCCACUGUGAUGAUCACCAGGAACUUUGCUGCUGUGUUUGUGUAGCCCUUAACCAUAGGCUAUGUAGCAGCAUCAGUCACCUACCUGACCUGGCCAGAGGCUUCCAUUGUACAUCAGAGUUCAAGCAGCUGCCAGCAGCAGUGGAAAAGAUGAGGAUCAGACUGGAUGAGCUCAAGAAUGACCGUUUGAAAGAACAAGCCUCACUGAAUGACUCCUACAAGAACAGCAUUGCUGAAAUCAAGGCUCUCCGCAAAGAAAUAAACCAGAUCUUAGACAAACUGGAGAAGAGAACUGUUGAAAACUUGGAAAGCAUAAUGGAGGAUUUAGAGAAGUCGAUAAAAGAUGAUUUAGCAACCUUUACCCGUAUGCAUGACCAACUCGGUGCAAUGAUUGAGCAAUUCAAGCAGUUUACUGACAAAAACAAGGAGAGCAGCUCUUAUAUUGGAUUCACAAAAUGCCAGUCAAAAUUGAGUGAAGCUAAUAGUCUUGUGCGAGAAAUACGAGGAAAAAAAGGAAUGAAGUUUAAAUGUGAUGAAAGUGGAUUAUUAUUUUUGCGAAACCUGAACAGCUUUGGAAAUGUUGAAAGUGUUAGAAAAACUGAUAGUUAUCAUGUGUUUAAGGCUCAGAGUUCAAGUCUGUAUAAGGUUAAGAAAAAGAAGGACAAGCAAAAUUGUAGUAUUGAAGGUAUAUUUGAGUUGCCAAGUGGAAAGGUGGUUAUUGCUGAUUAUAACAAUGACAAAGUAAAGCUUCUGAACAAGCAGUUUGAGGUCAUUGGUUACUGUCAUCUGCCUGCUCCGCAACACUUGUGUCACAUCACAGACAAUGAUAUAGCAGUAGCUGUAAGUGAAUUCAACACAAAUGAGGUCCACCUCCUCACAGUAACGAAAGGGAAGAUAAAAGCAAUGAGAAAGUUCACCACAGACCAUCUAUGCUGCACCAUUGCCCACCACCAGGGCCAGCUCUAUGUGGGCUCCAACAAUGCCCUGUACCUGUACACUAUGGAUGGAAGUCUCAUUAAGACAAUAUACGAAGACAAUACUUCUAUGCACACAGUUUAUAAGUGUGUUGUCUCUCCUGAUGGGGAGAGGAUUUUUGUGACACAUUUUACUGCUUCUAGAUUACUAACACUUGAUACAUCUGGUCAAGUGUUAUCUACAGUUGAAGAUCCUGACCUACAAAGUCCAUCUGGACUUUGUGUCAGUCCCAGUGGCCAUGUGUUUGUGUGUGGGUUUGAGUCUAACGCUUUGGUACAGGUGGAUCAGGAGGGGAGAAAGGUGUCCACAGUUGCCAGGCUGGCUGAUGGCGUGUUAUACCCACGGUCAGUGUGGUUCAAAGAACAAAACUCCACCCUCAUUGUUGGGAAUUUAGGAGACAACAUCCAUGUUGUCAAGUUGUGUUGAACUACCAAUCAGAAUCUGGUAUGCAAAGAACCAUUGAAAGAAGAUGUCCACCUUCACUCUCAUUGUUAAAAUGAGCAAGGAUGGCGUGUUUUCUACAAUUUGUUGUAAAUAAAUUUCAACAGUUUGCAUUUGUUUUUCAAGUUUUGUGAAGGAAUGGAAAAUACUAUUUUGUUUCAUUUAUUAUGCAUGUCAUAUAUAUGUCAAGGAAUGACUGUUCUGUGAACUGUUCCUUUUUUGUUCAUGAAAUGAAUUUAAACAUCAUUGGAUUUAAGUUGAAAUGUAACAUAUUGUCGAUGUUUAGAUAUUAAACUUCUUAAUCACAAAGUUUUUUAUCGAAGUCCGAAUGACUUAUUGAUAACAGUUUUCACUGUAUAGAUACCAUAAGAUUUUAAUAGACAAUAAAAUUAAUUGUAUAAACGACGGAUAUCAAUGUAUAGAUAAAGAAGUUCAUUGACAUUAUAAAUUGAUUUUAGUGUGUAGAAUAUCCACUGUAUAAACAAAUCUUUUUCUGUUUGAUAACUAAUUACAGAGUAAAUUCAGUUGUUACCUCUAAUCCUAGUUUUAGCUUUUAACCCAAGUUGAGUUAGGUUUCAAAUUAUAAACUUAUAAAUAAAUUUAAAAAAAAAGUUUAAUAUUUAAGAAGAAAAGUGUGAUCAUAAACAACAAGUUUGAUAAAGAAAAGGAUUAAUUAGAAAGUUGAGAAAAAACAAUUUGUACAAAAUUUAGUAACAGUCGUUAUCCUGAAUAGUUGUAAUUGAUGUCAGGAGCGUUUGAAUGAAUGAUUUUAAUGUUGAUGAUGGGCUGUAAGGAACUUAAUAAACCAUUUCAAUGUUAAUGAUGUUUUCUUGGGAAAUUAAUCAACAAUUUCAGUGUUAUUAAUUUACUAUUAGGAAAUUCAUGAACACAUUUAGUGUUUAUGAUAUAAUGUGAUGAACUAAAUGAACAAUUCUCAGUGUUAAUGAUGUACUGUCCAUAUCUCACAAUCCAAUCAAUGGGUGUGGUUAAAAUCACUGUAAACAGCCGAACUAAAUUUUGCAAGCCAGGUAACUCCUGCAAGAUUUUAUGCGAACUGUGGUGCGUAGAUUAUACAACUAAUUAUCCUGCAGCAUUCUUUCUUAAAUUCUUUUGUUUUCAAAACGCAUCCAAGACGUCCAAAUCCGAUAAUAAAGCUCUGGUUUAGUGUUCAUAAAAACAACUUAAGUCAUUUCUUAACUUAAGUCGAUAUCUUAAAAUGGUCAUUAUAGUCAAAUUAAAAGAAAACUGUAAGUUUUUUUAGAAUAAAUAAAUGUUUAUUCAAUAACAUCAAUGAAAAUAAAAUAUUGCAGAUAUUAUUCAGUUACCAUUUCAAACGACCAUGGGCGGUAUUCAUAAAACGUCUUAUUUCUUAACUUAACUCAGUUUCCAAAAUCAUCAUAUGGAAAAUAUAAACACUUGUGCCUUUUAUUUAGUGAUUUUGUACCUGUCCCUUCUUAAAGAUUUUAACAUUAGGGAAAAAUAUCAUACUUAUUAAAGCUCUUAAGUUUUAUAUCAUUUAUCUUUACAAAUUUCUUUUUGUCUUUUCAUGCAGCUACAUUAACGUGUGAUGAUGUUAUACCUGUCUUUUUUGCAGUCGGUGAUAAAAGCUCAUUUGAGAUAAUGUUAUUUGUAUCUGUCCUGCCGACUUCUAAACAUUGUGUUCAAAUAACAAAUAAACAAUAUUCUUUUCUAUUAUAAUACUUAUUGUAUUCUCCACCAAACUGAAGGUUUCGGGAGGGGGAUUUUGGUUUGGCAUUGCGUCUGUCCUUCUGUGCAUCCGUUUUUCUCCUGUCCGGAACCAUAUCUUGGUAGGGAUUGAUCAGAUAAUGUUCCCCCUUUUGAAAUCUUAAUCGCUUGUAAAAUAUCAGACUCUUAUGAAAAACUUUGAAACACUCUUGGGGCAUUAUAUUUGGUCCAUGAUGUAUCUAUUAUUCAUUAGAAUAGUUCCCCUUGAUGAAUUUAGAACAAAUUUAAAACAGGGUUACAUGUGAUCAAAUAUUAGGUCACUAUGACAAACCUUAGUGGUUAUGAUUGGUCAGAUUAUGUCCAACUUGGGAAGAAUGUUACACUUGAUGAAAUUACACCGCAGUUGUUUAACCUGUGGUUAAAAUGUCCCACUUGAUGUUAUCACUUUAUAUAUUUUAGACUUUCAAAACGGUCACAAUGGGUCUAAGACUAGUCAAUUACGUACAAUCUUAGAGAAAUCUUGGCUAUAUAUCCGCUUUAAUAUUCAUGAAAGGGGAACAUUUUCUUAAUACAAUCUUGGAAUAUUUUGUAAUUAUGUCUUAUGGAGUCAAAAACCAGGGCACCAGAUCAAAUCUUAGAAAAUACUUGUGAACAAAAUAUUCACCUAAGCUAGUCUAAUG